AUCUUAUCCCCCAUGUUCAUCCCCUCUCAUACCCUACGCAAAACCACACUUACAUCUCUCGCUCUACUGCUCAACUACCAUAAUUACACCUGAUUUAUCACUCUCACGAUUUUCACGAUACCACUACACCAAACACGCGCAGGGUCGCUAGCACUAUAAACAAGGGACGUGCGACACUGCACCACAUUUUGAGCGUAGAUCAACCCAUCUUUGACGACGCGAUAGUGCUCAUUCCAGCACUUCCGCAUCUGUUGCCGUAGAAGAGAUUGCUACGCGUAUACUACACAUACUCCAACACACCCAUUCACACAAUGCCUUCCUACGAGAGGGAAGAUUCACAGGACCGCGAAUUGGUCAGGCACUCGUUCUCCGAGGCUCAUAGAAACUCAUUCUCGGAAGCUCACAGACUUAACAUCCCAAUGUGGGAUAGCUCUGAUCCUGAGCGCGCUCCGCCACCACUACCACUAAAUCCAGGCUCACCCAACAUGACCACUCGACCCAACACAUCAGCACUCAUUGCAAAUGCAGCCAAAGCCCUCGAGGAAAAAGCGCGCGAGAGUAUGCCGAGCGCUUAUACUACAAAUCCGAUGCCUUCAAGGUCACCCGACCGAUCAUUGAUUAAGGGUGCCCAGCAUAAGCGCAUGCAGUCGCUGCAACCAACAAGCGUGCGCGACCUCAGAAGCUUUCUCGAUGGUGUCCGCUCUCCAGAGAGGUCGCCAGAUCGAUCGCCAGAACGGUCGCCAGAACGACCAACCACUCGAUCAGGAACACCUGGCCGAGACAGCGACAGGGACUGCUUCGGUCCCGAUCCAAAUUCAUCCAGGAAUGGAACUCCUACGCCUGCAAGCAGAGACUUCCUAAAAGAGACACCCGCCCUUCGACCUUCUUCGCGGUCGUUCUCAAAGGCUAUUCUGGGCGAAAAUACUCCUCCUUCUGCCACCAUGCUUGCACUGCAGACCAUGACCAUUCCUCGAGAGCAUCUGGAGCCGCAUAUUCCAAAUCCAGCCACAACACAAUCGCGGUCGCCACCACCGCCAUCACAGCCUCCACCCUCUUUCGAUGCCAUUUCAAAUCAGUUGCUCAGCAUUAAUUCGAUUGUGUCUAGCUUGCAAAAGGACAUGUCGCAAUUGAGCCGGCGAAGCAAAGACAAUGCCACUGACCUUGUCAGUCUCAAAGAGGCAACUACUGCUAGAGAUGAGGAUAUCCGCAGGUCCUUGAAGGAGCUGUUGGGUACAAUGCAUCCGCCGCCAGCAGUGGGCACCCCAGGAGAUGUCCCUCGUUCUGGAAGCAGCUUGGGCAUGAAGGAUCCCCACAUGACUCCGACGAAACAGUUCUCUCUUCCUCGCAUUGCUUCUCCGAGCAGCUUCAUGCUUGACGAACGAAUCGGGAGCCCGAACCCCUACUCUGUCGAGGGCGCGGCUAGUGUAGCAAUGCUGGAGAAGAUUAUAAGGGAAAUGGUGACCAAAGACGGACAAGAACGCCUCAUCGCCAACCUUCAAAAGCUUGUUGACAAGGCCACUGGCGACACUGCAAAGAAGGUCACGGAACUUGUAGAGUUUGUCAAGCAAGGCUCCGGCAAUCACCCUUUCGUACCCAAUCAAGGGGCAUCAGCCUUCCAACCCUCUCCUGGGCCCGGUGCCCUGACGCGAGCUGCUUCUGACUUCAAUCCGGCGUUCGGUCUUCAUAAGGUUGCUGAAGGGAACAAGCCUUACACCAGUCCAAAGGCUGCAGACUUUGUCAGUGACGAAAUGCUCAAGUUCCUGCGGAAGAUCAAGGAUAGCGUAGCAGAGUCCGGAAGCGUCACCAUGGGCACUAAAUCACUUAUUCAGGAGUUGCGUGGCGAAGUGCUUGGAAUGGGCCGAGAGCUUGCCCGCAAGAUUGAAGAGGUCGAGCAAUUGAAGGGUGCACAACCCGCCAUCGAGGCUCGCGAUACGCAUGAAGACGUCUCCGCCAUCGUACACGAUGAGCUCGCAAACCUGAAGCAGCACAUGGACGAGGUUAUGCGUGAGAGGAGACGGCAGUCGAUUUCUUCCACCAUCACUCGCCAAACAGUCGACAAUCGAGAAGUCUAUGACGUUGUGAAGCAUGCUUUGGCAUCAGCCCAGUCUUCGAACCUUGAUCAGGAGGCGGUCAUCGCUGCUAUUCGUGAAGCCUACGAGUCCUACCAGCCCGAAGUCAAGAUCGAGCAGUUCGGGCUCGAGCGGGACGAGAUAUUGCAAUGCCUCAGGGAGGGUUUGCACGACUAUCAGGGUUCCGGUGGAGUCAACCGAGAGGAGAUCAUGCAUACCAUCCAGGAAGCCAUUCACCAGGUCAAAUUGCCUCCACCAAUCAACGAAGCACACGAAAUACGCGAAGAGGUUCUGCUUGCUGUGCGUGAGUGCCUCCAAGACUUGGGGCCCUCUAUCGCCUCGCAACCAUCCCAAUCCGGCACCGUAACAAAGGAAGAUAUUGUCAAUGCAAUCAGGGACGGUCUCACUGUCGAACUUCCUAUGGAUGAGCUCCAGCCAGCCUUGCAAGCUGGUUUCGAAGCCCUCAGGCCCCAUGCAGAAAGUCAAAAUGAGCUUGUUAUGCAGCGGUUACAGUCGCUUUUGGAUGAUAUGCACUCCGAAUUCAAAGCAUACUCGUCCGCCAAUGGCCGUGACACGGAACAAGUGCUGGAUGCGAUCCGAGAUGGACUCGACAAUUUGCGCAGCGGACUUGAAGGUCAUGUCAAUAAGGCGCAAACUGUCAGCGAGAAGGACGAAAUCCUAAGCAGUCUUCACACCGAGCUCGACAAACUCCGUCAGGACGUUCAGGGAUUCGUUGCUGAAGGUCCUCGUGGUGAUCAGGAGUGGAGCCGCAUUGAUAUGGUUGACUUCAUCAAGUCAGAAUUUGAGAACCUUCAGGAGAGUCUCGCCUCGCAAAUCGUGCCCCGCGGUGACAACAACGAUGCUAUCUUGGCUGCCAUGAACGAAGGGUUCGAAGGCAUGAAGUCCCAGGUCGCGACCCGUGGCCUUGACCUCGACACCAAUGAAGAGAUCAACGAGGCUAUGAAGCAGGAAUUUGAUUCACUGAAGGAGGUAAUACUCGGCGACACUGUUCAGCAUAAAGAUGAGGUCAUCCAGAAGCUUCAGGCCGGCCUAGAGACCCUACAUGAGAGAUUAGGAGACCACCAGUCUACUCCUGCCUCUAAUGAUCAAGUGAUUGCAACCAUGAAGGAGGAGUUUGAGCAUCUGCGUGAGGCUCUGGGCAGCACUCUGGUUAGAGCAGGCGGAGCAGCUGACAAGGAAGACAUCAUUGACGCCGUGCGCGAGCUUCUUGACGGUCUACGCACUCAACUUAACGAACCAAAGUCAACCGAUUCGGCAGCUCACUUUGCUUCAAUCCAGUCUGAACUCGAACAGCUGAGAACGUCUCUUGGUAGCUCCAUUGUGCGUGCUGGGGAAUCCGAAGGUGACAAGGACGAGAUUUUCGAAACAAUCAAAACCAGCUUGGACGAUCUUAAAAACAACUCGAAGUCACUAGGCAUCAACGAGGAACUCCUUGAGGCUUUCCGUGGCGAGCUUGAACAAGUGCGCCAAUCGACUAGCCUGACCCGACAACACGCCCGAGCCGAUACGGAGGAGGUACUCGAAGCUGUUCGAUUAGGGCUUGACGAUUUGCAAUCCCACCUCGACAAGAAGCUUGAUAACCCUGAACGCCAUCAGUCAGCAACCAAUGAAAUCAUCGAUGCCCUGAAUGACGGCCUGGAGGGUUUCCGUUCUGACAUCUCCAAGCUGACCGACAAACCUGUUGACAUGACCGUUUCCUACGAGAUUUUGGACACGUUAAAGGAGGGUCUUGCCGGCCUUCGUGCUGAUAUGGAGAAGCUGAAGCGCGGGGAAUAUGACUCGGAGAUCCAAGAACGUGCUGUUCCCACCGGAAACGAGGUUGUUCUUGCAGAAGCCGUGGAAUCCGCCUCUGACGAUCCUCCUGCCGUCUCUAGUCGCGAAAUUGUGCACGAAAGUCUCCGUCGCAACGACCUAGAAAAGAUGGAGGUAAUGCUGUCUCAGCUACAGGUCAAAAUGGACACGAUGGAUGCGAACAUCCAGCACCCGUCUCCAGCACCCGAGUCCGCAACCGCACAAGAUGCAGCUCGCAAGGACGAUCUUGAGGCCAUUGAAGAACUUCUCAAAGGCCUACAGACUACCGUCAAUGAGCUGCGGGAACAAGAGAGGCCGGCCCCAAGCGCGGACGGCCUUGCGACGAAGGAGGAUACUGAUGCGAUUGAAACAUUACUCGAUAAUAUGAAGGCUAAGAUCGAAGAGCUCGCCUUGCCAGAUCCCACAUCCGUGGUGACCAAGGAAAAUCUCGACGAUGUGGAACUCGUCGUCAGGACUACUUCAGAAGCACUCGAAGUGCUCUCGCAGAAGAUCGCAGACGAGGGUGCCACCAAAGGCGACGUCGCAGUCGUCCAAGUCAUCGUGGAUGAUAUCAAGACGGCGUUAGACGAGAUGAAAUCCUCGAAGCCUUCAGAUGAGGAAGAGGCUGAGAAGAUCACAAAGCUCGACAUCGACGCGCUCGCGGCCCUAUCGUGUGACAUCAAAGAGAAGCUGGAAGAGUUCAAGAUCCCCAACGCCGACGAUCUCGCGUCAAGGGGAGAUGCUGAGCAGCUCAAAGGCCUUCUCACCGACUUCCGUGAAAGCUAUGAAGCAAUGAAGGACUCCUACGAGAAGGACGUUUUUGUGACUGCUAAUAUCGCCAACGACCGGAAGAAGGAGGCCGACGACAUACUCAUGCACGUCACUGAUGCAAAGGCGACCAUUGAAGACGUCAAAGAGGAUCUCAAAACCGCCUUGGCUGAAGGAGGAUCCUUACAUGGGGUGAAGGACUCCAUCAAGACCUUGGAAGAGACUCUUGGAGCUCAUCUUGGUAUGGGCGCUGAUGUCAAGGAUCUCAUGGAGACAGUUGCGCGCGAGUUCGAACGUGCUCAUGGCUCAAUUGAGAACAUACAGAAUGGCCAAGAAGAAAAGUCUGCACUAGCCUUGGAGAAGCAGGAAGAGGCAAAGGACGCCAUCAUCGCCAGCACAGUGCAAAAGAUUGAUGAUCGUUUUGACACUUUGAUGGCUAAGUACGAUGAUGCCCAACUUCUCGCUGACGAACAAGCCAAGGUCAUGAAGGAAAAGGCAGAAGAGCAGGAAAAUAUCCUCGAGGCUACGAAAACCAUGGCAGAAGAGUUGAGGCUCACAAUCGACACCCUUGGAGCUUCCAUCACCGGCCUGAACGACCGAUUCGAAGAGACGGCUCAGAAAUCGAGCACCGACUCGGCUGCUGUUGUCGCAAAGAUCGAAGACGCUGUCACCAAGCUUGAAGAACAGAAGCUCGAAGACAAAACUGAGCACUCACACACCCGAGAUGAGAUCGCAAACAUCGAGCGCAUGUUCACGGGCUUGCAAGACAAUGUCACUGAGUAUCAUCCCAAGUUUAUGGUCGCGCUCCGUGAAAUCGAGGCACUAGUCAAGCAGCACUACGAGCAAUCCCAACAAGCCAAAGAGGCAGCGGAUGAACAAGUUCGCGCAAUGAAUGAAGAGGCAAAGGCUCGUGCUCUCGAGCUUACAACGCACUUCUCGAGUCUUCCUGCAUUAUUGCCUGCGCCACCCUCUGCUAUUGAGCUGCCGGAAAAAUACGACGAUACUGAGGUCCGGGAGAAGCUUGAUAAGCUCAUCGGCCACGCCGGAGAUGCCGGAAAGUAUGAUGAUCACCACAUUCGCGAGAAGCUAGAGACGCUCAUUAGCUACGCUGCGGAGUCGGGCAAGUAUGAUGACUCCGUCGUUCGAGAGAAAUUGGAAACUCUCAUCAAUCAUGCGGCAGAAACUGGCAAGUACGACGAUUCCAUCGUGCGAGAGAAAUUGGACGAAUUGAUCGGACAUGCCAGCGAGGCUGAGAAAUCCGCUAGCAAGCUUGAACGUCUUGACGAUAUCCACAAGCAAGUCCUUGCAACCGCGGCCGAAGUUUCGGAAUUUGUUGCUAAGCAAACGCAACUGAUCACGGACGGAAAUGAAUCAAAGGAACGUGAAGCAGAGGAGCUCAGUUUGCUUGUCGAGCGCAAGACGACACAAAAGGAGCAGCUUGACGCUGACAUCGAGCGACUGAAAGAGGAAAAGGAACGUGUCAUCCGGGAGCUGAAAGAGGAAAAGGAUCGGGCCAUGGCGGAGCUCAAGGAAGAGAAAGAGCGCGUUAUUCUCGAGGUCAAGGAAGAGAAGGACUCCCUUUUGGCGGUUGUUGCGGCUUUACAAGCUGAGCGCGAAAACCUUGCCAACCAAAAGGUCCGACUUACCGGCGAGGUAUCAUCGCUCCACACGGCUCUUGACAUCCGACGAGAAGAGCUUCACAUGAUGGAUGCUAAAGCCGAUGCGCUUGAGCGUCGCAUCUUGAACGGCAUUAUGGACCAUUCCCGAGCUUUGAUGAUUGCUAAGUCUGGUCCCAAGAGCCCUACCAAGCUCAAGAAGCGCAUGAGCGCUGAUGUCUCCGGGGAAACUGACAAGGGCAUGCAACCACCGACCUCGACUACUAACGGGCUUUCACUUGCACUGAAGCCCCGACCAGCUGUCCGUCGCAAUGGGCCCCCGCAAAACCCUGCUGGCCGUCGCAUACACUCAUUGAGCCAGAUCAGCGGCAACAGCCCCACUGGCGCCCAGCCUUUCCAAGGAAUCAACAAAUCACUAAGUAUCAACACUGGUACAGGACUCAAGCGUAGUCAUUCAGUGAAAACCAGCUCUGUUAGAAAGGGUUCGUGGGGCGGACGACCCAGCACUAUCGUUGCGAACAAGGAAAACGAGCCCCUGACUGAACAGGAUGAGCUGGAUACUGAGCAAAUUGCGGGAGUUACAGGCUCGGAGUACAACGAUGAUCUUCAGAGUGAGGCUGGCACCGAACGUCGCCACAGCAUCGUAUCUAGUGUAUACCCUGAAAGUCGUGCUGAAGGAGAGGCUCAUAGCUUCGACGGUCGAUCUAGCUUUGGUGGCGCUGGCAGUGAAUACACUUACGCUUCCGGGAGUUCGUACAUGACUGGAAGCGACAUUGAUCGACGAACAUCAUACGGAUCAAUGGCCGCUCGCUCUACUGCCUUCAAUGGGGAGGAAACAAUCGACGAGGGCAGUGAAGCAUCACACUCGGAUGACGAAUCGAUUUCGGAUGAUGAACGCACACAAACCGUCGCAGGAGCGGAGUCGACAACUAGACAGUCGGAGCCAGCACCUACUGAGAUGACAGCAUCUGAAGUAACUUCAUCUGAAGUGUCUGAUGGUAUGCCCACACGUUCCGAAGUUGAUCGUGCUGUCGAGGCUGUUAUGGAAGAUAUGAAGAAGGAUGGAUACCAUGGACCAGUUGACUCUGGUAUUGGCAGUGAUUUGCCCACUGCCCUGGUUGUAGCAGGAAGCGACGCAGACUACUUUAGGCGCGCUGCGGAAGAGGAAAGCAUAGUCGGGUGAGAUGUUAUUUUGCCGACCCUUUGUUACGCCUGAGUUUCUUGUAUUAUGUUCUGUGUUUUGAUGACGGUCGGUUCGUUUGGAUGAGCAUAUGGGAUCCACGACUAGCGCAAGCUACUGGGAGGCGUAAAGGAAAGGGGACGGGACUGUCCAGGGGCUUGCAUGGGUGUUUUGGUUCCAUUCAAAUAUCACGUUUUGGGGGCUUCGUAAAGGUGUUGGAUUAUUCAUGGAGUUUGUAAGGAUUUGGAUCAAUUGAAUUAGCUUCUCCAACUGUUCUGCCUCCUUGGCAAGCAACACGUAUUAUAAAGAAAGGAACAUUGUAAUUAGG